AUGUCUGAACCGCACGCGCCGCGUCCUCCGCCGCUCUACAAGCAGCACUCCUGGUCCCCUGACGCCUACCGAGACGAGGCAUGGCACCGCCGCAAGAAGAUCAAUGGCAGAUCGAAGCUCCAGCGUAGCAAGAGCGUCACUGACGAAGACCUCGACGAGUUGAAAGCCUGCAUCGAACUCGGGUUCGGGUUUAACUCUCCCGAGUCGGAUCAGCGGCUCGCCGACACCCUGCCCGCUUUGGGACUUUACUACGCGGUUAACAAGAGUUAUUACGACUCGGUAUCUCACAAGUCUACGACGACCCCAACGUCGUCGUUUUCGCCAACCCCGUCCGAGUGCGACUCGGUGUCCUCCCCCGUGGGCAGCCCGCAUACAAUCUUCGGACCCGGAGAUACGCCGCAGACGGUGAAGGCGCGGUUGAGGCAGUGGGCCCAGGUGGUUGCUUGCACGGUGAGGCAGAGUUCUUGA